GUAAGAACAUACAAACCCCUGCAUGUUGUUUGGCAAAUAACACUGUUUCCUGGUAGGAACUGGCGUGUAAAGUGAACUAAUCCACGAUUAGAAAAACAGCAAUCGCUGUGAGAGGAACCAAUAGAAAGGCACAAGAUGCAACAAUAUAUCACCUUCCAGAAAUCCUGCAACUUCUACCUCCUGGUUUUCAACAAAAGAAACAUCCCAACCUAGAGGGGAUUUUUUUUAUGAGUUUAUCUGAGCCAAACUGACGACAAUUGCUGGGAAGCAAGAUCGCAGAUGCAUCACUGAGAUCCAUGGUUAUUUAACGAGCCUGGGGGCACCCGUACCAGGUGAUCUCCUUACUGAGCUAAAGAUGGCCAAUACCUUUAUUUCUUUUUUAAAUUAAAGAAGGUGAAGCCCGCCUGUUUCCUUAGCUAAAUAGCACCUUAGCAUUUGCUUCUAGCAAGGGAGAGGUUCGGAUUGGUCCUGAUUUGGGAGAAGCAGCUGCUUGCCUGCUCUCGAGAUUUCCACAAGGCUGAUAGAAACCCGGGUCAUGAGACCUCUGCCAAAGGAAGCAAAAGCGUUCCGGUGAUCACCGUUCUACGUUCUGCACCUGAAGAGGCUAAUCAGACUCCUGGGGCGCAACCUGCCGGCCUGCCCGUACCUGUCCGUACCUGUCCAGAGAGAAGAAGUGCGGAGGAGGCACAUCCGUCUGCACAUGGAAGGCGCGCUGACCGCCCGGGACAGGGUCGGGGUGCAGGAUUUCGUGCUGUUGGACGCGUACACCAGCGAAUCUGCUUUUCUGGACAAUCUUCGCAAGCGUUUCAGCGAGAACCUCAUCUAUACUUACAUCGGCACCCUGCUCGUGUCUGUGAAUCCGUACCAGGAGCUCGGCAUCUACACCCUGAGCCAGAUGGAACUUUAUCAAGGGGUCAAUUUCUUUGAACUGCCACCACAUGUCUACGCCAUAGCUGACAACGCUUACCGCAUGAUGUGCUCGGAGCUAACUAACCACCUCAUCCUCAUUUCGGGAGAGAGCGGGGCAGGGAAGACGGAGGCCUCCAAGAAGAUUCUCCAGUAUUUUGCCAUGACCUGUCCAAUGACCGACUCCCUGGAAAUAGCCCGGGACAGACUGCUGCUCUCCAAUCCAGUGCUGGAGGCUUUUGGAAAUGCCAAAACGCUCCGGAAUGACAACUCCAGCCGAUUUGGGAAAUACAUGGACAUACAGUUUGACUUUAAGGGCAUCCCCGUAGGAGGGCACAUCAUCAGUUACCUGAUAGAAAAGUCUCGAGUUGUCUACCAGAACCAGGGGGAGCGGAAUUUCCACAUCUUCUACCAGCUUCUAGAAGGUGGCGAAGAGGAGCUCCUCGCUUCCCUGGGAUUGGAGCGAGACCCCCAGCUGUACCGAUACCUCUCACAGGGUCAUGGUGCCAACGAGUCCUCUGUUAAUGACAAGAACGACUGGCACACGGUCUCCAACGCGUUUUCCGUCAUCGAUUUCUCUGAAGAUGACCUGGAGAAUCUCUUUGGAAUUAUUGCCAGCAUCCUACACCUGGGCAACAUCUGUUUUAGAGAGAACCACCGAGGCUGCGCGACCAUUCCCGUCGUCCAGGAGAUCAAGUGGAUUGCCAAGCUCCUGGGGGUCCAGCCAUCAGCCCUUCUGGAGGCCCUCACCCACAGAAAGAUCGAGGCCAAAACUGAGGAGGUUAUGUGUCCACUGACGCUGGAGCUCUCUGUCUACGCUAGAGACGCAAUGGCAAAGGCCGUGUACGGACGCACAUUCACCUGGCUGGUCAACAAAGUCAACUCCUCCUUGGCGAGCAAGGAGUUCACCAAGAAAACUGUGAUUGGGUUGCUGGAUAUCUACGGGUUCGAAGUCUUCGACAAGAACGGUUUUGAACAGUUCUGUAUAAAUUACUGCAAUGAAAAACUUCAGCAACUGUUAAUUGAAAGCACCCUAAAGGCGGAACAGGCAGAAUAUGAAAUGGAAGGGAUAGAGUGGGAGCCAAUUCAGUAUUUCAACAACAAGACCAUCCUGGAUUUGGUUGAAGAAAGACACAAGGGAAUCAUUUCUAUUCUGGAUGAGGAAUGUAUUCGUCCUGGUCCCGCUACUGACUUGAGUUUCCUGGAGAAGCUGGAAGAGAAAGUGGGGAAGCAUGCGCACUUCCAGACCCGGAAGCUGGCGGGUCCAAUGGGCCGAAAGAGGAUCGGCUGGAUGGAGUUCCGCCUGUUCCACUACGCGGGAGAGGUCACCUACUGCACCAAAGGAUUCUUGGAAAAAAACAAUGAUAUCCUCUAUAGACAUCUGAAAGAGGUGCUGUGCAGUUCCAGAAACAGCAUCCUGAAGGAGUGCUUCCUGGCUGCCGAGUUGGAAAACCGGCGACGGUCGCCAACGGUGGGAACACAGUUUAAGAACAGCCUGAGCAGCCUGCUGCAAAUCCUCAUCUCCAAGGAACCUUCGUACAUCCGCUGCAUCAAGCCCAAUGAGAAGAAGCAACCCAGCAAGUUCGACGACUUCCUCAUAAGGCACCAGGUCAAGUACCUGGGGCUGAUGGAGCACUUGAGGGUGAGACGGGCCGGCUUUGCGUACCGGCGCAAAUAUGAGCAUUUCCUGCAAAGGUACAAGUCCCUGUGCCCGGACACCUGGCCGCACUGGCACGGGCCUCCAGCAGAGGGCGUCGAGCGGCUGAUCAAAUACAUUGGCUACAAACCAGAGGAGUACAAGUUAGGGAGAACCAAAAUAUUCAUUCGUUUCCCCAGAAUGCUGUUUGCUACAGAAGAUGCCUUUGAAUUUAGUAAACAUCAAUUAGUUGCGAGAAUUCAAGCCACAUACAGAGCCUGCCUAGAAAGGAGAGCCUAUGUGAAGAAAAGACAAGCAGCCAUCAAACUGGAGACCCACUGGCGUCGAGUCCUGGCUCGGAAGAAGGCCGAGAGGAGGAAGUGGGCUGUGUUCAUUGUAAGGAGGUUCAUAAAGGGAUUCAUCCAUCGAGACAGGCCUCUUUGUCCUGACAACGAGGAGUUUAUCGUGUUCAUGCGGAAGAAUUACAUCCUGAAUCUUCGGUAUCACGUCCCCAAGAAUGUCUUGGACAAGAGCUGGCUGACGCCUCCUGGCAUCUUGGAAAACGCAUCAGAACUGCUCAGGAAAAUGUGCACGAGGAACCUGGUGCGGAAGUACUGUCGCGGGAUCACAGCUGAGAGGAAGGCGCUGAUGCAGCAAAAGGUGGUCACCAGCGCCGUGUUCAGGGGGAAGAAGGAAGGCUACGCAGAGAGUUUAAAUCAGCCCUUUGCCGACAGCCGGAUAGAUGAAGGAGACAUCAGUCCCAAAGUGCUGCAGCUGCUCAGCAAGGAGAAAAUCCAGUACGGCAUCCCGGUCAUUAAAUACGACAGGAAAGGCUUCAAGGCGCGGCCCCGGCAGCUCCUCCUCACUCAGAAGGCAGCCUACGUGGUGGAGCUGGCCAAAAUCAAGCAGAGGAUUGAGUACUCGGCGCUCAGGGGCAUCUCCACUAGCAACCUGAGGGACGGGAUCUUAGUCAUUCAUGUGUCACCAGAAGCCAACAGGCAAAAGGGGGACGCCAUCCUACAGUGUGAGCACGUAUUCGAAGCGGUCACUAAACUCGCCAUGCUGGUUAAAAAGGAGAACAUCGUACACGUCAUUCAAGGAAGUUUACAGUUUUAUAUCAGUCCUGGAAGAGAAGGCACCAUAGUUUUCGACACUGGGCCAGAAGAACAAAUCUACAAAGAUAAGAACGGGCAGUUAACAGUGGUGUCCGUCCGCACGAAGUCCUGAGAGAGGAGGACACCCGACAGAGGAGUAGACCCGGGAGGCGGGGUUUGAUCCGGUAAGGUGACGGCAGCUCCAGGAGAACAAGGGCCUCCGCUCUGCAGACAUGGAGUGGCAGCUGGAGCCGGCACCCAGCCCCAGCCUCUCGGGGCCCCGGGCACGGAACCACAACGCCCUCGUCAGGCAGUCAAGCCACCCGACAGGGUGGUUCGAAAUGCCCCACAGGACAUGGACUCGACGGGCACUUGACUGUGUCGCCGUAAGGUAGGCAACCGGUUCUCUACCUUUGUCGAGCCACCGCCAAGGCACAACGAAGUGUGACACAUGGUCUGAGUAAAUGAGAUUUCCUAAGGCUGCAAAACUUGGAUUUUGCCUUAAAUAAGCGGAACUUAGAAAUGCACCCGCUUCCUUACCAUUUCUGCUGGGCACUUUAGGUUCCAGAGCGGGGGGCUGUGCCCCCCACGCCCUACCUCCCCAGCACUAAGUGGGGGGCACCGCCAGCUGACUGACUCUGCUUCUUCAGAAGCCCAGGACAUCCCCUCAGUGUGCACCCAGGUGCCGCCAUGCCGGCCUCGCCUUUGCCCUGGGCAGCUUCCAGGUGGUGAAGCGGGAGGCAGUGUCUCUGCCUCGUGCUCUUUGCUGAAAACUGCCCUUCAGCGGCGGGACUGUGCUCGGG